CUAUUUGUGUUGUAUAUUGGUUCUAAAACUAUACCAUAAGCUCUUCUUUCCAAAAACUUUCAAAAAAAUAUAUUUUUUGGUUCUUUGUUUUUCAUUUUCAGAUUCAUAUUUGUCUAUUUUAAGCUUACAACAACUGGUUCAUUUUGUUCUAAGCUUUUAAGAGGAAAACAAAGGCAAAUAGGGGUGUGGGGGUGGUGAGUAUAUUGCAUAAGAGAGGAAAGUUAGUGAAAAAUUUUGAGAAGAGCACAAGUUUUUUUCAUUUGGGGGGUGGUGUGGGGGGGUGGGUUUUAGCCAAGUGAUGCGCUCAGGUGCCUGUACGGUUCAGCAGACCCUCACAGCAGAGGCUGCUUCAAUAUUGAAGCAUUCUCUUAGCUUAGCCAGAAGGAGAGGCCAUGCACAAGUGACUCCUCUUCAUGUGGCUGCCACUUUGUUAAGCACAAGGGCUAGCCUAUUAAGAAGGGCUUGUCUUAAAUCACAGCAGCCUCAGUUAUCUUCCUCACAUCCACUUCAAUGUAGAGCGCUUGAGCUUUGUUUCAAUGUAGCUCUUAAUAGGUUACCAACCGCACCAGGACCAAUCCUUCAUGUUCAACCUUCUUUAUCAAAUGCUUUAGUUGCUGCACUUAAAAGAGCACAAGCUCAUCAAAGAAGGGGUUGUAUUGAACAACAACAAUCACAACAGCCUAUACUCACCAUUAAAGUUGAGUUAGAGCAGCUUAUUAUAUCUAUUCUUGAUGAUCCUAGUGUUAGUAGGGUUAUGAGAGAAGCUGGUUUUUCAAGCACUGUUGUUAAAGCCAACAUUGAAGAUUCUUCUUCAUCACCUUCAUCUGUGUUUCAAUGUUAUAACACUACUUCUGGUUCUGGUGGUAUUUUUUCUUCACCUUGUUCACCUUCUCAAACUCAUUUCUUGUCUUAUGAACAAAACCCAUUUUUCUUUUCACCUUCAAAGAAACUUUUAACCAACUACAUACCAGAUUCAGCUUCUUUGAAACAAGACAUCAAGUUGGUGUUUGAGGUUUUGUUAAGGAAGAACAAGAGGAGGAACAGUGUUAUAGUUGGUGAUUGUGUGUCUACAACUGAAAGUCUUGUGUCCGAACUAACAUCAAGAGUUGAGAAAGGUGAUGUUCCAGAUGAAAUGAAACAUGUUCGGUUCCUUAAAUUUUAUUUCUCACCUAUGUCUUUAAAGUUCAUGAAAAGAGAGGAUGUUGAGAAACAUGUUUGUGAUUUGAAAAGAAGAGUGGAUUCCAUUGUAGCAGAAGGUGGUGCUAUUAUUUAUACAGGUGAUUUAAAAUGGACUGUUGUUGAAGAAGGUGAAAUCAAUGGUUACAAUGCAGCUGAUCAUUUAGUUACUGAACUAGGAAGGUUGAUUUCAGAUUAUUACAUGUCAAACAAGGUCUGGUUAGUGGCAACUGCAAGUUACCAAACAUAUUUAAGGUGUCAAAUGAGACAACCUCCACUUGAGGUUCAAUGGGCACUUCAAGCUGUUUCUGUUCCUACAGGUGGACUUAGUUUAAGCCUCCAUGCUUCCAGUUGCCAUGAUACAAAAAUGGUGUUCAGUGAGAUGGAAAAGAAGCAAUUUGAGCAUGAGAGACUUACAUGUUGUGCUGAAUGUAGUUCAAAUUACGAGAAAGAUGUACAGUCGUUUAAAUCUAGUGGUGGCUUGCCACCAUGGAUGCAUGUUCAUGGUAGUAACAACAGUGACAGCCAAAAGGAUGAAAUGGUUGAAUUGAGGAGAAAAUGGAACACAUUAUGUCACAGUUUACAUAGAGGUAGAUUGAACCAGAGCCAGUUGAGGUCCACCAUGUACUACAACAACCAAGGCUAUCCUUAUGGUUCAUCGUUCCCUUGGUGGCCUAGUCAAAGCAGUGGCUUAACCGAUUCGGCUUCGAUAUCUUUCAUCGAUUCGAAGCCAAAUUCGGUGCCGAGAUUCAGAAGGCAAAACUCAUGCACCAUUGAGCUCAAUUUUGGUAAUGUAUCACCAAACUUGGAUUCAUUUAAAAACACUGAGGAUAAAGAGGUGAAGGUCACACUUGCUCUUGGUAGUGAUUCUCCAAGGACAAGUACUGGAUUGUGUGAGCUUUUGCAAGGCAACCUGCCAUGGCAAUCUGAGAUUAUAAGUUCGAUAGCUGAAGCAUUGAUGGGUUCAAAAAAAGAGACUUGGUUAUUAAUUGAAGGGGAUGACAUGAUUGGCAAAAGAAGAUUAGCACGUGUUGUUGCAGAAUAUGUGUUGGGGUCACCUGAUUUGCUGCUGUACAUGGACAUGAAACACAACAAUGACACAACUCGAUGUAAUGAGAGGCUUAAGAGAGCAUUUAGCAGGGAUGAAAAGGUUGUGGUUAUGGUGGAAAAUGUUGACUUGGCUGAUACACAGUGUUUAAAACUCCUAGCUGAUAGAUUUGAAGGUGGAGAUGGUGGUGGUAGUAGCAGAUCAAUAAUCAUUUUAACCAAGUCCAUAUCUUCUAGCUUUGAGGAACAUUAUGCCAAAAAGGACAACAUUGUCAUCGAGAUGAAGCUCAACAUCAACGGCUCUGAUACCAACAAGAGAAAACACGAAUGGGGCGGUUCAAACAAGACCAAAACACCAAGAACCGAACCAAGUUCCCACAUCCUUGACCUCAACAUGAAAGCAGCUGAUGAUGAUGAAGAAGAAGAAGCUAAUGAAAGUGGUGAAGUUAGUGACUUGACGGCUGAUCUCCAUGUCGGGUUUCUAGAACUGAUCCAAAAACGCUACAUUCUCAACCAAACCGAAAGCCAACACAAGGAGAUGAAAGAAGCUUUCAUGGCCAAGUUCAAAAGGGUGGUAGAGGAGAUAUUUGGGGGUGAAAAUAAGGUUAGUUUUAGUAUUGAAGAGCGGGUACUGGAGGGGGUUUUAGUUGGUUCAAGUUAUUUUGUGAAUAGCUUAUUUGAGAAAUGGCUAAAAGACAUUUUUCAAACAGGCUUACAAAAUGUUAAAAAAAAUGGAGGGGGAGGGGGUAUAGAUGAAAUUAGAUUAAGUUAUGGGGGUAUACUUGAAAAAGCAAUGGAAAAUGGAUAUAUGGGGAGUUGCCUUCCCAAAAACAUCCAAGUUUAGUUUCAUGGAGUAAAAAAUUUGGAUUGGGGGGGUUUUCUUAUGUAAAAUUCCUGACAAUACCCAAAAUGACCAUAAUGUCAGUUUGUGUAACUUUCAUAGGAUGUGUUUUGUAAUCUUUUUCUUUUAUUUUCAUUAAUUUUCAGUUCCUUUUGUUUUUUUCUUAAA